GUACGUGGGACGUUCAUGAGUCAAGUCUGUGUUUGUUGCCGUCAGUGAUGGAGCUACGUUGAAACUGCACUGAUCACGUGGCUCUCCUCCCCUCCAGGACUGCUCGCUUUCGCUGCCCUGAAACUGCGCCACUGCAGACACCCGUGCACUGGCCAGUCGGCUUUCGGAGUUUGUUCUUUGCGGAAAUCGGCCGGGCCGAACGAAUUUUCUCCCGUGGCCGGUGCCUGUCAUGUUUCCGUGAGGGAGACGGUUGCAAAGAGACGGGGAGAGAUACAGCAACGUUUUUCAGUGGCUGGUCGUUGUGCGGUCUUCCGUGGAGAUUCUUUCUCUUUAUUUUUCGUCUAUUCCACUCGGAGGUAGCUCCACAGACAGACACGGGUCUUCUUUCUUUCUGCAGAGGUUACAGACACCACCAUGAUGUCGCUAGCUGGAACAAGACUCUGUGCUGGGUCGAAGCGGGCGCUGUUCUCGAGCGUCCACUUCACACAGCUUAAAAUGUAUUCCACACACCAGCCGAAGAAGGCAGUGAGGCUGUCCAACAGGCCUGCUCGGCAAGCACCCCCUCCACCGGCAAAGCCGUCGGCAGCAGCGUCGGCAUCCGAGUUGGCGUCUGCCUCAGGCGCUUCUGCCGCUGCUACUGCCAGCCCGACCGCUGCCAAGCCAAAAAACCUGAAAACUUGGCACAAGAUUUUGGUCGGUUUAGUCGGUACAACGGCCCUGAUAUACCUUGGUGACACAUACUUGGGGCACGGCUUAAUCCAGAGAAACUACAGAUCGGUUUCGGCGUUGCUCAGGCUUUCUGUCGACUACAAGUUGCACUUCAACGAAGACUACGACAUCGACGCGUUACACGAAAGAAAUGCACAGAGGUUGUACGACUUGAUCAUAGAAAACAAGGGCUUGUACAUCAAGCUGGGCCAGAUGAUUGCAGUCCAGGGUGUGAUGUUCCCUAAGCACUACCAGGAUAAAUUCAAGUUGCUAUUUGACAAGGCUCCUGUCGAGAGCUGGGAAACCUGUGACAUGACCUUGAAGAAAGAGUUAGGUGAAAACUACAGAGACGAGAUCUUCCUCCAGCUUGACGAGGCUCCUAUUGCAUCUGCCUCCAUUGCGCAGGUCCACAAGGGGGUUCUGAAAAACGGAGAUCGCGUUGCAGUUAAGAUUCAAAAGAACUCUGUUUCCAGACAACUGGAGUCAGAUUUAUUCACCUACAAAUCAGUGAUGCUUUUCUACGGUUGGUUAUUCGACAUGCCCUUGCAGCAGACGAUCGACUAUGUCUGUGAAAAGAUGAGAGAAGAGUUAGAUUUCCAAAACGAGUACAAAAACGCCAUAAUGAUCACCGAGUUGAUAAACAAGGAUAAGGAGUUCAGUAGUUCGCAUGAAUACUACAUUCCAAAAUACUAUAAAAAUGCUUCUUCCAGCAAAAUAUUGGUCAGUGAGUGGAUGGACGCCGAACUAACAGGCAAGUACAUGGCCUUAGCAAAUGAUGGAUUCGACCUGGCCAAGAUCAUGUUGCAAAUCACCAAGAUUUACGCCAGACAAGUUUUCACUUGGGGUGUUGUCCACUGUGACUUACAUCCAGGUAACCUCAUGGUUCGUAAAGUCAAGCUGGAGGACAAUAGCUGGUUCGGAAGACUCUUCCACAAGCAGAAGGAGGUUCAGCAGUUGGUCAUCUUGGACCAUGGUUUGUAUGAACACUUUACUCCCACCUUCAAAAAACAGUAUUCCGAAUUCUGGAAGUACAGUAUGGAAAAGAACUACUCGAAGACAAAGGAUAUAUUGACUGCUUGGGGCAUGCACGCCGACGAGAUGAUCAUGACCUUGGCCGGUCUAGGUGACAGAAACAGUCCAGCGAUGCUUGCACAUGUCGAGAAAAUGAAAAACAUGAACUAUUUUGAAAGGCAACUUCUCUUAAAAGAAAAGAUGAAGGAUUUUUUUGCCAACACAGACAAGUUUCCAUUGUGUUUGGUUUUCGUGAUGAGAUCGAUGAGAAUAGUCCAGGGAUUGAACAGAAACUUUGGCGCUCCUGUUAAUCGGUUGUCAAUUCUAGUCGACGAAGCCGACAGAAGUGUGACCAAUUACUUGAAGGAAUCCGGCGAAUUUGACUCCUGGAGAGACUACCUUACUAGAUUCUACGUCACCGUCACGUUAAAGGUGGGUUCUGACAUACUAUUCUCGAUCAACCGCUCAUAUGUAUGGAUAUGUUCACGGAUCUCAGAUUUGAGGGUACAAAACCUAGAGGAUGCAUAUGACCAAGAAGUUGUUCGUGCUGGAGAGCUGUUCGGUUUCGAAAGCGUUCCUUCCUCCAACGAGCUAAUUGUGUAAAUAGAGAUGAGAUGUAACUAGCUUUUACUUUUUUGGAUCUGUCGGCAAAAUCUGUAUAUAUAUAAUUUUAUGAGUGAAUGGCUACUUCUUUGGCGGAUACACCCAUUAUCCCCUUCCUCUGUGUUCUCCGAGGUGUUAUCUUAAAGCACUCUCGUUCUGGAACUUCACAGCAUAUGCUUUUUUCUCACUCUAUUACGGGAAGGCACACCGCGGCUAAUCGACGGAUCCUGUUUCCAACACGGCGGCUGUCCUGCCUUGAUAACGCUUGACGCUUG